AACAGUGAGGCCAACGCUUUACCAGCUGUGCCGCCCCUAACAUCAUGCUUUUGGAAAAAUAAUUUCAAUGCAUGUCAUCUUCGAUAUUUUGGUGUGUAUUCAUUUACUUGUAUUUCUUUUAUUUACAGUUGUGUGUAUUUAUAAAAUAGGUAUGAAGCAAAAAUUUUGAAAUUAAUAUACUUUUACAAGUUGUUUUCUUUUAAAUAUAAGUUUUACAAGUUGAACAAAAACACAUACACACAAAAAAAAUUGCGUUUUUUCACGUCUAUGACAAAAAACUUUGAAUCCUGAAUUCCCAGGACACGUGAACGCACCUGAUGGGUGAGGCCAGGUGGUCGCCCUUUUCCGAGUAAAAAAACAAAAAACAAACAAAAAAAAAGUCCACCUUGAUGGCGGCGUCGUCGUCGUUUGAAAGGAGCCACUAAACCUACAAAAAGGCACCCGGAAAAAAAAGGUCGUCCGUUUGGCCCACGCGCUUGUCUCGGGCAUGGAAGCGUCCGAGCGGGCGUCGUCGUGGUCGGUGCAGGAUGUGCUGGAGUGGAUCCAAAAGUGCCAUCCCGGCCUGGUGGACGUUCUCCAGAAGGCCGUCGUGAAACACGCCAUCGCAGGUUUGUCUUUUCUAGCAAAUUCUAACGAGCAUAAUAAUCGGCGCGGUGCAGGUCGCGCGCUGCUGAGGCUGCGAGAACGUCACCUGCACCUUCUCGGAGUCGACGCGGAGGAGCAACGGCAGGAGAUGCUGCAGGAUCUCCUCCUCCUCAGAGUGCAGGAGGAGGUGGGAGAACUCGACGACAUUUGCUCAGAAUGUUUCCCGGCCUGACAGAUGAGCUGAGAUGAUUUUUUUUUUUUUUUUUUUUUUUAAAUUCUGCGGCCCCCACCGUUCCAUCCAUUUUUCCAUCCUGUCACCCGUCGGCUGACGAGGUGGGAGUGACGGACAUCUUAGCGGGAGAGAAAGAAUCCGCGAUGAGGGAUAGAAAGUCAUCUCCUGCGUGAACCUGACUCCAAAUCCCAGAAUGCCAUGGUGCGGCGAGGGCGGCAUCCCAGUGGGUCCACCUGACCUGAUCUUACCUCCCCUCCUCCGCUCCCUAUCCUCAUAAGAUCCAAUCCGACCCCACCCUCCUCCGCCGCCUCUUCUCCCCCCUCCCCCACAGCACACAUGCAGGCCAAGAAGCGGUACCUGCUCGUGUCUGUGGGGGUUGCGCUUCUCUUCCUGGUCUACAUGUGGGCUCUGCAAAUCGCCAACUUUGAGCAGCAACAGCACCAGCGCUGGUACCGCCGCCGCCAGUUGCCCCAGUACCCCGACUACUACCGGGACCGACCGUACAGCCGGAGACAGGAAGCGGACCCGGCCGGGCCCGGGCCGGCGCCUCACGGGGGCCCGUCCAAGCGACCCGGGGGCUGGACCGAGUUGACCCGGCUGCUGGAGCCUUACCUGGAGGGUGGGGAGCAGGAGGAGGACGGUCCUCAGGUCCACCACCAGCACAGCUCGCCCAGAGAACGGCGCUCGGUCCGCGACAACCUCUACAAGAACAAACGCUGCCGGAUGGAAACCUGCUUCGACUUCGCCCGCUGUCAGUCGGACUUCGGCGUCUACGUCUACCCGUCGCAGAGGGGCGACGAGGUCUCCGCCACCUACCGCAAGAUUUUGUCCUCCAUCCAGGAGUCUCGCUUCCACACGGCGAACCCCCUGCAGGCCUGCCUGUUCGUCCUGGCGGUGGACACCUUGGACAGGGACCGUCUGUCGACCCAGUUUGUCCAGAACGCCAGGACGCGCAUCCAGAGUUUGCCCACGUGGAACGACGGCAGGAACCACUUGAUUUUUAACCUCUACUCAGGGACCUGGCCGGACUACACGGAAGAUCUGGGCUUCGAAGUGGGCCAGGCCAUACUGGCCAAGGCCAGCGCCGACGUGGCCAACUUCCGACCCAACUUUGACAUUUCCAUCCCCUUGUUCUCCAAAGAACACCCGCUCAAAGCGGGGGGCCGGGACGCGCCACCCUCCCCCUCCCCCUCCCCCUCCAGGCGCUACCUGCUGGUCUUCAAAGGGAAGCGCUACCUGACGGGGAUCGGCUCCGAGACCCGGAACGCUUUGUACCACAUCCACAACGGGGACGACGUCGUCCUGCUGACCACCUGCAAGCACGGCAGGGACUGGGAGAAGCACAAAGACUCCCGCUGCGAUCACGACAACCAAGAAUACGCAAAGUUUGACUACCAGGAGUUGCUGCACAACUCCACCUUCUGCCUGGUGCCACGGGGCCGACGCCUCGGCUCCUUCCGCUUCCUGGAGGCGUUGCAGGCGGCGUGCAUUCCCGUCAUCCUGAGCAACGGCUGGGAGCUUCCCUUCUCCGAGGUCAUCGACUGGAGGAAGGCGGCGGUGAUCGGCGACGAGAGGCUGUUGUUGCAGGUCCCGUCCGUGACUCGCUCGGUAGGCCGUGACAGGAUCCUGGUUCUCCGCCAGCAGAGUCAGUUUCUGUGGGACUCGUACUUCUCGUCCGUAGCCAAGAUCGUCCUCACCACUCUGGAGAUAAUCCGGGACCGCGUGGACUCCGUCGUGUCCCGAAACCGUCUGAUGUGGAACUCCCUGCCCGGUGGUCUCUAUGCACUCCCUCAGUACUCCACUGACCCCGCACGCUUCCCCUUUUACUACGCCAUGUUGGGUAAGAGCCCCCCGCCGACGUUCACCGGCGUGAUCCACAUGCUGAGUCCGCUGCAGCCGCAGCCGUCGCCCGCGCUCAAGCUCAUCAUCGCCGUGGCCAAGUCCAAGUUCUGCGCGCAGAUUGUGGUUCUGUGGAACAGCGACAAGCCUUUACCCCCCAGGAGCAAGUGGCCCUCCACCAGUGUGCCUCUCACCGUCAUCCAAGGACACGGCAAGUCGAUGAGUAGUCGUUUUUACCCGCACGACGUCAUCGGCACCGACGCCAUCCUCAGUCUGGACGAAGACGCGGUUCUCUCCACCAAUGAGGUGGAUUUCGCCUUCAUCGUGUGGCAAAGUUUCCCGGAGCGGAUCGUGGGUUACCCCGCCCGGAGCCACUACUGGGACAGCUCGCGGUCCUGCUGGGGCUACACCUCCAAGUGGACCAACGACUACUCCAUGGUGCUGACCGGGGCCGCGUUCUACCACAGGUACUACCACUACCUGUUCAGCAGCUACGUGCCCGGCAACCUGCUGAGCGCGGUGGACCGCAUGGCCAACUGCGAGGACAUCCUGAUGAACUUCCUGGUUUCGGCCGUCACCGGCCGGGCCCCCGUCAAGGUCACGCAGAAGAAGCAGUACAAGGAGACCAUGAUGAGCCAGGGCUCCAAGGCGUCCCGCUGGGCCGACCCGGACCACUUCGCCGAGCGUCAGACGUGCGUCAACGCCUUCGCCCGCUGGCUGGGCUUCAUGCCCCUGCUGCACUCGCAGAUGAGACUGGACCCGCUCCUGUUCCGAGACCAGGUGUCCAUGCUGCGCAAGAAGUACCGCGACAUCGAGAGGCUGUGAACGCACCGCGGCCGCCGGCGACCCGGCUCGACCUGCCCCACCCCCGCCAACCCUUCCGGACCUUUAGACACGUAACGGAUGCAAAAGGUACGCUCACGCUCACAAAGGAACGCGCGGCGGCGACGUGGGCUCCGUGAACAGAACCUUUCCUGGCGGUAUCUUAUCGACGAAA